CUCAGGAAGGAUUCCUCUUUUCCAGCUAAACUGGAAGCCAGAAUGCUCCUGGUUGGAGGUUUGUCUCUAUUGCUGGCCUCAGUGCAGAUCUGUUCUGCCCAGGGAAUGACUCUGGAUGCAGAGUGGGAGAGCUGGAAGGUCACUCACAGCAAGGAAUACAACAGCCUGGGCGAGGAGUCCAUCCGGAGGUCCGUCUGGGAGAAGAAUAUGCAGCUGAUUGAGGCUCAUAACCAGGAGUAUAACCUUGGCAUGCAUUCUUACGAGCUGGCCAUGAACCACCUCGGGGACAUGACCACAGAGGAGGUGGCUGAGAAGAUGACCGGACUUCAGGUCCCACUGGUCAGGGAGAAAAACACCACCUUCAUUGCUGAUGACGGCCUGGAGAAACUACCCAAAGCCAUCGACUAUCGGAAACUUGGCUAUGUCUCGCCUGUCAGGAACCAGGGUUCCUGUGGGUCAUGCUGGGCUUUCAGUUCAGUUGGGGCCAUAGAGGGCCAGCUGAUGAAGACAAAGGGCAAGCUGGUGCCCCUUAGCCCGCAGAAUCUGGUGGACUGUGUGACUGAAAAUGAUGGCUGUGGAGGAGGCUACAUGACCAAAGCCUUCGAUUACGUCCAGAACAACGGAGGCAUCGACUCUGAGGAGGCGUACCCCUACGUGGGUGAGGACCAGGACUGUGCCUACAACGUGUCAGGCAAAGCAGCCGAGAUCCGGGGCUACAAGGAGGUCCAGGAGGGAAGUGAGCGUGCACUGCAGGUGGCUGUUGCCAAAGUGGGACCCGUUUCUGUGGGGAUUGACGCAACCCUCCCCAGCUUCCAGUUCUACCACAAGGGUGUGUACUACGACCGCGACUGCAACAAGGACGAUAUCAAUCACGCUGUGCUGGCGGUGGGUUAUGGUGCCACCUCUAAGGGCAAGAAAUACUGGAUUGUCAAGAACAGCUGGGGGGAGGGAUGGGGAAACAAAGGCUACAUUCUGAUGGCGCGCAACCGAAACAACUUCUGCGGCAUCGCGAACCUCGCCAGCUUCCCCAUUAUGUGACCACCAGAGGGAGACAGACUGUGGAAAUUCCACCCUUUAUCACUAAUCACAGCACUUCCUAGAUGGGUUAUUACCCCUUUGGUUUGUAGCAACCCUCUCACAGCUUGCUUCACACUACCUUCUUUUCCCAAUCACUGAUCUUACACGAGUUUCUUUUUUAGACAUAGGGGCUGGGGACUGGGGCUUGAAAAACUGAUCUUGGAUCAGUGAACAGGGCUAAAGCACCCAUAGUGUUAUCCCCAGCCUUACCUCCAGUCACACUGUACGCCAGGGCUUUUUAAUGAACACAGCCCACCAUGGGCCUCCUGCGUAUUGUUUUAUAAAGAGGAAUUGGAAGAAGUUUGCCUCACUAACAUGAUUUUAAAAUCAAUCUGGCCCUUGGAAAAAAGUAGUUGCAGAGCCUUGCCGUACACAGAUUAACAAUGCCAUUGUCACCAUGGAUGCCUGUUGAAAAUCCAUUCAUAAAAUAUACAGCCAAAGCAAAAGUGAGACAGACUGUGAAAGCGAAGGCUGAUUACUGCUGUCUGUGUAGUUGAAUUUUACUGUGGUAAAAUGUAAGCACACUGGUAAUCUCUCUGAAGUAUUAUACAGCCAUUUCCUUACGGGAGGAUGCUUGGAGAUAAACAGAAAAAUGUAUUGCACACCGUUUGCCUUUCUUUUGCACAAAAACAGGUGAAGUGGGGCUCUACAACAAAUGUACUGUACAAUUUUUAAAAAUUAGCCCAGCAUGAAUUAGUUUUGACAGGAAAGAAGUUGCCAAGAGAACUCUAGUGCUGAACAGAAAUAUACGUAAAUAGGCAGUAAAUAUAAAUACAUAUCGGUAAAUAGAAACUAUUUGAUUAUUUUCAUGUUUCGCACAAGUUUAUUUGUUGUUCUGAAUAAAUGCAGAGUCUAAAAUAUACUAAUACCUAUUUUCUACAGUCUUAGCUAGGAGUACAUAAUGCUAAUCAUCAUGUAGUGUCAGAGAUGAUUAAUGCAAAAUUGUGAUAAAUACAGUAUGAAACUGAGAAAUGGCAAUGACACAAUGACAGAGAACAAAUCACACAUAUAGAAAUAUAUAUAACAGAAAAUGUAAUAUUUUCUACCUGUUAACUACUUAAUAAGCCAUAUUUAAAAAGUCAUGAGUUAUCUAUGUUCUGUUUUUAGCAGAACCUAUCCCUGAUAAAGUGACCAACCUGAAAGACUUGGUUUUCUUUAAUGAGCCUGAAUUGGCCACUGGAGAACCUGAAGUGGUCUUGCCUGUUCUUCAGUGAGAUUGUGAAAGACAAAUGUAAUGGAAACAUUGAAAUGUAGGGUCUAUAGUGUGAACGUUCUGAGUGCUAAUCAAAUCAGGCUACUUCCUAAAAAGGUGUGGUGUAAUAGCAUGUACUGUAUGUGUGUUUUGAAAUUGUUUGGUGCUGUUGAAUCUGAAAUUAGUCUUUUGUUUUUAAACUCGUCAGUCAACAUGAUUACUUUUUCUACUGAAUAAAACAAGUGAUGAAAAUGAAAAAUUGUGAAAAAAAUUGUUGUUAUUAACAUUGUUAUUGUGCCCAACCGUUGUUCAAAGGGAUCAGUGUAAUACGACACAGUUAGUUGUGAAGCUCCGUUUAACUUCAGGUGGUUGUACGGUUGAGCAUCGGUAAACAAUAUUCUGUUGACAUUCUUUUGCACAGCGCCCUCUUGUGGAUAGAAAU